UUUCUUUAAAAGAUCGAGAACUUUCGAUAUUCAGUUGUCACUAAAAUACGACAAGCUUCAGACGCGAAUCUGUUUGUCACGUGUUUUUGUUUUCGGAACAAAAUUAAAAACAUGGUGCGUGAAAUUAUUACUCUGCAAAACGGUCGCUACUCUAAUUUUGUUGGCACCCAUUUCUGGAAUAUACAAGAAUCUUCGUUCGAAUAUAGCGGCGAUUCUUCUCAGCCAGAAAUAGAGCACGAUGUUCUGUUUAGAGAAGGCAAGAACUUGUUGCGAGAAGUAACUUACACCCCAAGACUCGUUGUCAUCGAUUUGAAGUCGAAUCUUGGAUGUCUGCCCCUGGAAGGAACCUUAUACCCAACACCAGCACAUCAAAAUGGAGGCAGUGAAAUCCCAACCUGGGGGGAUGGUGUUGAAGUUGUUGAAGCUUCAAGGAGCAAAAAGAAUGAGUUUAUUAAAGAUUUGGAAUUAGAAGAACAGAAAUAUUACCAAGCAACAAACGGAGUGGAAAAGUCAAAUGAAAAAAAUGAAAAACAAAUAAAAGCGAAAACCUACAAACUUGAAGAUAAAGUAAAAACUUGGUCGGAUUUUAAACGACUUCAUUUUCACCCACGAAGCAUCCUAACGCUAAACGAGGAAGAUGAUUCGUUCACUUCAUGGUCGGGGGGGUUCGAACAUGGGAAAUAUAUAUCUUACCAAGUUGAAGACCUUGUUAGGGUUUAUGCUGAGGAAUGCGACAACAUGCAAGGUUUCCAAGUGAUGUCGGAUGUAAAUAACGGCUUUGGGGGGGUUCUAACUUCGUUGAUGGAAUAUUUAUCUGAUGAGUUUCGUGGAAAGGGUUUGGUUGUCUACCCCAUGCUGCCUGUGAGAAAUGAGAAAACUGCACCUAAAGUGAGAAGUUCGAGCCUCGCAACUUUAUUAUCAUUGUCAGAAUCUUUAAAAUUGUCAACUCUUGUUGCUCCAAUGUCGCUCAACUCUGAUAUUUUUCGACAAAACCCUCGAAAACGGGAAUUUCCGAGGCUAAUAUACGAUGCAACUUGUGACUACCACACUAGUUCCAUCUUGGCUACGGCGCUUGAGAGUAUAACUCGUGUUCAUCGGUGUCACACUGAUCCCCAAUCUUUAUCCAAUAUAUCACAACAACUAUCUAUUGGAAGCCAAAAACUUGUUAGCACUGGAGCUGCAAUACCGAUCCCAUUUUCAUCAAACUACAGUUGUUUGCCUGACAUGCUGUGCGACCAUCUGGAUAAAUCAUUAUGGACCUCGCUUACACCUUGCGUCGAUGAUGCUAAAAGCAAAGGAGAUGUAGUUGACCGUUGUUUUUCACAAUCUUUAUCAAUAAAUGGCUUUCCACCAUCAGCAGCCACUGCUUCAACCACACACCCCGAAUACAACAUUAGCCAAAUCCACCAAUGUACAAAUCUAACCUCAGUGUUAAAGCUCUACCUUGAAGGAAAGUAUGUUGACAGCAGUUCAGUUGUUUCUGUUCAACGAACCCCAAUAAAAGUUGACACCCCUUUUCCCCAAAUAUUUCACUCUUCGCUGACAUCUACUGGCUUCCCAAGGCAGGAUUUAACCGACAAGUUUCACAAUAAAAAUCUGUCAGUGUUGCCCAAUGGUAAAUCUCCAGUGUUCAGCAACCUUGAUUCUCCAGUGAUGACCAAUGUAGAAUCUCUCCCAGUGUUGACCAAUGUCAUGAACUCCAAUUCAAUUUCUUCGUUGUUACAAAAAUGUUGCACGCGAGCAAAACAACUUCACCGAUCGCGCCAUUGUUACACAGACAAUGAGAGAGAAACGCUCGAUGAAGCGAUUGAUUAUUACAUCACAAUGAACGAAGAAUACUCAUCUUUUUUAUCCGAUGGUUCUGAUUAAAUAUUUUCUCUUUAUAUUUUUUCCUAACUGUGCUUUGUAAAUAACAACAAAGAUAUAAAUAUUGAAUCCUUUUGCUUCGUGUCAAUAAAAGUUCUUCAUGAUUUA